GGGUAGUUCAUUUGAACUCUGACCCUACCGCCAGUGUUUCCGGACGCCUAUCAUUUCGGCUGCAUUUUGCGGGUUAUCUAGAACCUGACAUUAUUCCGCCACAUGAUUUAAUUAUUCAGGAUUCGCGGCUUGUCAGCGGCCACUUUCACUGUUAAAUCAUUUUUGUGAACGCUGUUGUCGCUACAGUUCUUGUUAAAGGACAUUAACAGGAACGGGCCGCCGACUUCACUUUCGGGAUUUGUUUUGCUACAUCGCUGGUUAGCAGCCGGCUAGCUCUGCCGCGGCUAACUAGUGCCGACAACACCGCUAGUCGGACAUGAAUUAGCGGGGGAAACCGUUCAGCUCUCGGGACUCCUAACCGUCCCGAUGUUUCCCGGUCCCCAGGAAAUUAGAUCUCCGAGGAAGAGAGGAAUCGGUGGGUUUGCCCGCCUGCGAGUCAGAUCUUCGUCUUGCUAGCUGGGAGGACACUCCAGCUGUGAAUUUAUCAAAACAAAAGGGAUCAGAAACUAAACGACACAUUAUCAUCGACAAAAAGCAACAAUGGCUAAUGUUACAGACCUGCAGACAAAGUACAGCAAGCUAGCACAGGAGUACUCUAAGCUCCGAGCCCAGAACCAAGUGCUAAAGAAGGCAGUAGUAGACGAACAAGCAAACUCUACCACUUUGAAGGAGCAGCUGAAACAAAGAGACCAGAGUCUGAGGAGGCAAGAGCAGGAAAUGGACAGCCUCAGCUUCAGAAACCAGCAGCUGGCCAAGAGGGUGGAGCUGCUGCAAGAAGAGUUAGUCGCCAGUGAAACCAAAGGGAAGAAGGGGAAGAGUAAAGGAGACUCUCCCUCCCAACACGGCCUGCAGACUCAGAGUGUUUUUGAUGAAGACCUGCAGAAGAAGAUCGAGGAAAAUGAACGGCUUCACAUCCAGUUUUACGAAGCCGAUGAACAGCACAGGAAGAGGGAGGCCGAGCUGAAGGCCCGACUCGAGGAGCUGGAGAAGAACGCCGAGCAGCAUCAAACCGCCGUGGACGGACUCGCCAAAAAAUACGUGGAGACAAUUGAGCGGCUGCAGGGGGACAAAGCACGCUUAGAGGUGAAAGCACAAAGUCUGGAGAUGGAAGCCAAAGAGUGCAGAGUGCGAUCAGAGGAAUGUCAGCAGCAGUUGAGACGGUGUCAGACGGAGCUCCGGACGCAGAUGAAACAAAGCAGCAGUGUAAUCCAGGAGAAAGUGCCCUUCAACGACACCAAAUUUAGCGACUACAACAGUCUGAACGUGCCCGCCCACAACCGAAGACAUCAGCUGAAGGCUCGCGAUGUGGCCAGCCAGGCCCUGAGCUUCAUCCAGGACCUGGUGGCUGCGCUGCUGAACUUCCACUCCUACACAGAGCAGCGCAUCCACAUCUACCCUCUGGACUCCUCCAUCGAGCCCAUCUCUCCUCUUAACCAGAAGUUUUCUCAGUAUUUACAUGAGAAUGCAGUGUAUGUGCGCCCCCUGGAGGACAGCUUUGUACAGCUGUACCAAAGCAUCACAGAGGACACCGUCACAGCACUGGAGACCGUGGUCAAGCUGAGGGAUUUCGCCUCGAAUUUUUCCUCCUACACCCACUUCCUGCAGAAGAUUCUUCCUUACCAGCUAAAAAGCCUGGAGGAAGAGUGUGAGGCUCCUCUGUGCACCGCUGCUCUGACAGCCAAAAACCAGGAGUUACAGAGUGACGUGAAGAAAGUAACAUCUGUCUUUGAGAAGCUGCAGAACUACAUCAACCUCUUAGCCUUACCCUGUGUUCGGCAGGACGCCAUGCCACAGACUAGCGUUGCAGCUGUUUUUACCCAGCUCGCCGCCUGCCUGCACAGUCUUCACGACUCUGUUAAAGAAAUGUCAAAGCAUUACAACCAGAAGGCCAGCAUGGAGCAGGAGCUCCCCACUGUCACUCAGAAACUUUGCACCACCACAGAGUGCCUCCUCGGAUCGCUGUGUUCGCUGACCAGCAGCACCGGCAAGAUCGCUACUUUUUUCAGCAACAACUUGGACUUUUUCACAUCCUCAGGCUACAGUCCAAGAGGCAGCACAGUCACGCUCAACCCUUUGCAAGCAGAGAGCAUGCUUGCCAACAAAAAGAGAGCAGCUGCCUUCAUUCAUGCUCUCAAAAGGCCCAGAGCCCCGUCUGUCCCGUACAGUGAAGCCCUGUCGAACCGCCGCGUCCUCACCAGCUCCACCGAGAGCAGAGAGGGCCUCACUCAGCAGGUGCAGCAGAGCCUGGAGAAGAUCGCCCGCCUGGAGCAGGAGAAGGAGCACUGGCUCCUGGAGGCCCAGCUGGGGAAGGUGCGGCUGGAAAAGGAGAACCAGCGCAUUGCAGAGCUGGAAGCGCAGCUCGCAGCGGCGGCUCUGGGGGGGAGCCCAGACUCGCAGAGGGCGGCAGCAGCAGGCGCACCCCCGCCAAACCACGAGGAAGCAGAGGCGGAGCAGAGCCCCGCAGGGCAGCAGACGCCGACGACGGCUCUCUGCACCAGCCUGGUUGGAAUGUUGUGCACCACACCUUCAGUUGAUCAUGUGGGAGACGAGGAGUCCCGGGAGCAGCUGAUAAAAAGUCACUACAUGUGCAGAGUUGGGGAGCUCACCACGCAGCUCCAGAUUUCAGAUAGCAAAGCUGUGCACUUUCACUCCGAGUGCCGCGCUUUGGCCAAGAGAUUAACUAUCGCAGAAAAGGCCAGAGAGACUCUGAGUGAAGACGUCAAACUGGCGAACCAGAAGAUCACGCACUUACAGGAUGAGCUGGCUACGACCAAGAGGAGCUACGAGGACCAGCUGAGCAUGAUGAGCGACCACCUCUGCAGCAUGAAUGAGACCUUGAGCAAGCAGAGGGAGGAGAUUGACACCCUCAAGCUGGGCAGCAAGGUAAACACCAAAAAGAACAAGAGCCGCUAGGGAUGCUCAGCAUGGGAGGGAGAAGAUGCUGAUGUGAAGCUUCCAGGCAGCCUGUGGACACCAACACGGGACGUCCACAGGAGCUCCACCUUCUCACCACCUGGAGAUGAAAACCUCUUUCACGUCAAACGUUUUGGUGGAAACGGUUUCUGAACUUCCGCCCCGGGGACAUUUGCUGAGAGGGAGAUGAAGAGCUGAAACAAGUGAAGUUGGAAACUUUACUGACACCCAGACUUGAAGACCAAAUCCUGUUCAUAUGUUGUCUGCGAUAGAGGAAAAACCCCGUUCUGCUUAUCUUCAGUUAUGCAAACAUGGCUGCGGCUGCAUGUGAGCAGUUUAGUCUAUUUGUGCCACGGCGACUCCAUACUGUCCGGAAGCUUUUGGGUGGGAUCUCAUUUGACGUCGUUAGUUUGGGACGUUCCAGGGUCACGCAGGGUGCCCUAGAAUCAGGAAAAGAGAGUCCCAACGUGGCUUCUUCACUCUAUUUGGGAGGAGGAAGAGCAUAAAAAGAUGCUUUUCCGACAGGGAGGGGGACAUGUUGAAGCUUGUGACUAAAUCAUUUUGUCUUCAGUUGCUCUGCAGCAAAGCAAGAGUGGAAGAGCUUUUCAAUCUAAAAGAUGUCAUUGUUCUGUUUCACUGAGACGAAGAAAAUCUUUAUUUUGCACUCUAAUUACAUUUUUUGUGUCUGCAAUAACAAGUUAGUUUUCUGAAUCACGUCGGAGAGAUUUAAGCAUUACAUAAACAAUUUGCGAGUCACGGCAGAAGGUGGAUUACUGUAAAUCACCACCUUUGUCUUCAUUCAAGCGUCUUUGUUUACGGCAAAAAAACCUGCCAACACGAGCGGAAACGACUGGGAAACUUGUAUAUCACAUUGUGUCCAAAUAAAAGCACAUAGACAUGUGUGUAGCAGAAUAAAGAUCUUGUUCCAAAUGGA